AUGGGGGGAAACCCUAACCAGGGCCUAACCACCGCGAUGCUCAUUGAUGGUGAGAAGUGGGCUUGUGAAGCUUGCGUCCGGGGUCACCGGGUCAGCAGCUGUCACCACAGUGACCGCCCUUUGACCCACAUCAACAAAAAAGGCCGCCCAGUCUCUCAAUGUACCCACUGUCGCGGCCUACGCAAGUCUCGGACAACCCACGUCAAAUGCGAGUGCGGCGACAAGAAGAAGAAAGCCGACUCGCCAGACGGUCAUGGCGAGAAGCGAGAUCUCAAGCAGGACUCUCUUCACCGCUGUGGCUGCAGUCACGGCCAGCGCUGCACUUGUGCGCUGAAAAAGGAACCUCAUCUCGACCCGGUGCCGGAAACUGGCUUGCCGGUCCCCCAUCCGUCGGUUCCUGCUGAGCUUCCGCGGAAGCCUCUGCUCACGUCGACCAAGUCCGAGUCGACGUUGACCAUUUUCCGCGACGGUCACCACAAACCCGCUCAUAAGCAUAAUGACAUGGCUCACAAGUGCGGAUUGCCGUACACAAUCCCACGGUCACAUACGAUUCACCACCCGUCGGAUAUGCCCCGCCGAUCCGUGGACCACCUCCCCUUGACCUCCCACCAGUCGUCAUUUGUCCAGGAGCCUCUCAGCUUGUCAAUGGACCCCCGACCACAAUCGCAGCAGACAUCGCAGAGUGGCUCCCCAAACAGCGCGCCUGCCGCCGGCCCCGACGAUACGGCGAACCACCCUCCGCUCGACGCAUCGUACCUGGACAAAUUCGCCGCCCCUGCCCUACCCACCGCUGGAAUAGAGAACAAGCCUGCGGAGAAUGGCUCCACCCCGACGUCUGCCCCAGCCCACAUGGACAAAUAUCCCUUGGAUCAGAUCAUUACCACCGUUCCUCCGCCUCUCGAUGUCUCAUCCUUUGCCAACUUCCCGACCACGACUUCGAAUUCGCCAAUUACGUGCAUGGCAUUCCAGGAUCCCUACCAAGAACCCUACUUUACAUCUCCGGAUUCGGAGAUGCCCCAGGGAUCCAACGGCAUGGGUGCGCCAUCGGUCGACUGGUCGAGCUUCCCGCUCUACUCGGAUGUGCCUGCUUCAACAAGCACGCAGACACCGUCCUACGCAAGCUUCGACUACAAUUCCUACCCCUCAGGUCUGCCACCACCCUCUUCCUCUGGUGACAUUUCCGAGGUGGAUGAGUUCGGACCUCUCCCGGGUCUCGGGCACACUGGCAGCAAUGACGUGCACGAUCUGCACAGCGUCAGUGAAGCAUCGGACAUGGACCAUCUCCGCAUCAGCUCUGCCUCCUCAUUGGUCGGUCUGCCUCAAACGCAGCUCCUCUCGUCAAAUGACCUCGAGUCGAUCAACAUUGAUGAUUUCCUCAAGUCGGCUAACGAGUCGACCGCCGCGCUCGAGCAUCGGCUGCAAGCCAGCAUGGGAAUCGAAUCCAAGCCGAUCCCUGCGCAGGACAUCUAUACCCUGCCCCAGUCACAGGAUCCUGUCCCUGUUUGGCCAACCAGCCUCUUCGACGAGUCCACCCCGCCCGUGGAUGAUGGUUAUUUCCGCCAGUCCUGGGCGCAGUAG